UGUCCGACGAUUACGUCACGCAAUCGCUCAACAAUCAGAACCUCAUGCGAAACAACACGACUCUCGGCGGACAUCUCGUCGUCAAUCUCGAGCUCGACUCGAGUCCCGACUCGACCGCCGCUCGAGCCGUGCCUUCGCUGCGUCCGCCCGUCGCGCCCGUCGACGCCUUCCGUCACGUUCUGUACGUCUUUCCCCUCAGUUUAAGAUACGAUUCGCAAAAAGUGUUUCCAAAAGCGCGUAAUCUUUGCGUUGAACUCCAAGUCCGCGAUUCUGAUGCCGUCGACGCGCGUUCUCUGCCCGCCCUCCACGACGACGCCUCCCCCGACGCCUCCACGGCCGCCUCGUCGGCCACCACGCGCCACAACGUGAACCCCGACUUCAACGAGGAGUUCAAAGUCUCGCUUCCGACUCAACACUCGGAGAAACUCCAUCUUCUCUUCACAUUCUUCCACAUCUCGUGCAAGAAGGAG